AUGGGCAAGAGCUUUGAGGAACUCAAGCGAGAAGCACUUGAGAAUAGUCAAAGGCAACGCGUUGAGCUCGAGGAAAAAUUAAAAGAACGUGCAAAGCACAAGGAUGAUGCCCAACGAGCUGCAGAAGAACGAGAGCGACAACGGGCAGCAUGGAAUGCACGCGAGCGCGAAAGACAGCUCAAAAAUGAGUCAGUAAUGAAAAAAUUGGAAGAGAAACGUGCUGAAGCAGCGGCAAAACGAUCGGCUGCACAAGAAGCAGCACAAAAGGCAGCCAUCGACAAGGCGGUGGGUCGGUCCAACAAGCGAGCUCCUGCCUUGGAAAAGGCGAAAAUCCAUGCAGCUAUGCGGCGUGCCCAAGUACCGAGAAGCCGAGGUGGGGCAGUAGCUCUCACUCGUGAGGAAAAGAGGAUGAAGCGAAUGGCUAAUGAGAUGGGUGUAUCUUUCAAAGUGCAACGCAAUGCUCCACCUCCAAAAAUGAAUACCAACAUGGCUGCUAAGCCCAAUGUUCCCAGCACAUCGACAUCAGUGGCAGGGCAAGCGCCUCCAAAACGCUUAUCUGCGCGCGAAAAGUUCAUCUUGGAAGAGAGACAACGCAAACUUGCAAAGCAAGCUGCCGCUCACGUUGACGAUGAAGACGUUGAUGAAUACGACUCCAUGUCUGACAUGGGCUCUGAAGAUGAGGGUGAUGUACCUGCCCAUGCAUCCAUCCGUGACGAGAUUUGGAAACUAUUUGGAAGAGAUCGACAAAGGUACAUGGCCCGUGAUGUCGAUAGUGAUGACGACAUGGAGGCAGGUGCAGAUGAUGUACUUGAAGAGGAACGUCGAAGUUCCAUGUUUGGCCGCCGCGAAGACGAGCGCGAAGAGCAGAUGCUCUUAGAAAGCAAGAGGCGAAAGUUCCAGGGACGGCCAUAG